AUGUCUCAACAAAAAAUCAAUAUUCUUAUAGGAGCAACGGGGAGUGUUGCAAAAUCUUUAACAAAGGAAUUAGGUGUUGAAGUCACAACGGAUGCUGAUGAAUGGAAGGCCUGGAGUAAAAUGUCUGAUCCAGUUUUACAUAUAGAGGUGAAUAUUAAUGGG